AGAGUGAGAAAAACAAACAAAAUUCCAAUGGAUGUGUCCCUAAACCUUCCAACUCUUCCCAAUUUGUUCUGCAAUGAACCAGCAAGUGAGGUAGUCUCUUGGGAAGCUGAUGAAGAUGAAUGUGAAAUUACUUCUUCAUCUUCGGAUUUCUUCAUUGAUUAUGACGUCAAUUCGUUAACCAAUAUGUUCGAUUCCGAGGUUGAUCAAAUGCUGGAAUCUAACCUUCUUUCAAGAUUUUAUCUUCUUCCUGAUAUUGUUCAUGCUCGUCAAGAGGCAGUCCAAUGGAUUUUAAAGGUGCAUUCUUUCUACAGGCUUAGGCCUGAAACUGCUUAUCUUUCUAUAAACUACUUGGAUCGUUUCCUAUCGGCUCGAGCUUUGCCGCAAGGGAAAGGGUGGCCUAUGCAGCUUUUAUCAGUAUCAUGCCUUUCACUAGCAGCAAAAAUGGAGGAAACAACAGUUCCCAUUCUCCUAGACUUGCAAAUAAUCAAACCCAGAUUCUUGUUCAAGCCCAAAACAGUCGAAAGAAUGGAGGUUUUAGUGAUGAAGACACUCAAAUGGCGGUUGCGCACCAUUACCCCUUUCGAUUUCCUACAUUAUUUCAUUUCAUGUAUCAAUAAUUCCCAACAUAACAGCCUGUGUCACCUUUUCUCUUGUGCCACUGGUCUUAUUAUUAAUACAUGUAAAGCAACUGAUUCCUUGGAUUACCCUCCAUCAGCAAUUGCUGCAGCAGUGACACUACGGCUGACUAAUCACAGUCUUAACGAGCAGGAUUUGGCACAGUUGGGUUGUAUGCAUAAUAGAAUAAACAAGGAGAUAGUGAAGAAGAUUUAUGAGAACAUUAAGGGAAGAUCGUUUGGAUUGGAGCCAUUGAUGAUGCCACCAAGUCCCACUGGUGUGCUUGAUGCUGCUAUACAUGGAACCUGCAAAUUACACAAGAUUGGCAACAAUAAUAUGAAUUCAAGUAAUAAAGGAUUUAAUGCUUGAUUUUACUGAUAAAGGACUGAAACCCAAAAAAGAAAAGAUUUGGUUUGUACUUGAAAUGUAAUUCUUUUUACAGAUUGUCUCAAUGAUUUUUAUUUUUAUUUUUUAAAUUUUUGGGUGUGUGGUUUGAUUAGGGUGAAUUGAUUUUGAGUUGUGUGGAUUUUUAUAUUUAAUCGUUGGAUUCUCAUUUAUCCAUCA